AUGCCAAGAUCUUUGCGUACAGGUACACCACUUGAGAUUGACCCGGAGAUCGAGAAAACAGCAAAGAGAUUAAGGAGGCAAGCAAAACAACGAAAGAAGUUAGCAAGCUCCUCAUCCUCUAUAUCUUCACCUCCGGUCACCAACAUUUGGCAGGACAUACUCUUGUCAAGUGAAUCAGAAACCGAAACGGAAUCACAAUCCCAUCAAGAAACACCCAUCACCCCACCACACUCACCUACCCAUACCCACCAAGAACCAAACUCACCUAAACCACAAUUUCCCGCAGUUACAAUGGCAAAUGAACAAACCCUUAGACAGUGGGCGACUCGUGAUGUCCCACAACAACCCCUUUGCAUUAACUACCCUGCUAUGGAGAACUUCGAGCUGAAAUCCGGACUCAUUCACCUAUUACCACUUUUCCGAGGCCUAGAGAAUGAAGACCCACACAAGUUCCUCAAAGAGUUCCAUGUUGUGUGCUCCGGUAUGAAGCCACAUAAUGUCACGGAAGACCAAAUCAAGCUAAGGGCAUUCCCCUUUGCUCUUCAAGACUCAGCAAAAGAAUGGCUAUAUUACCUACCACCGGGGUCGGUAACUACUUGGAACGAACUUGCAAAGCUGUUUCUAGACAAAUACUUCCCAGAAGUUAAAGCUUCGAUCCUGCGCAAGGAGAUCAUUGGAAUCAAGCAACUAAAACGAGAAGCCUUGCACACUUAUUGGGACAGGUUUAAAAAGUUGUGUGCUCGCUGCCCACAACACGGCAUAACUGAUCACCAACUCCUUCAAUACUUUUGUGAAGGAUUGGCAUCAAUGGAGAGACGUUUGAUAAAUGCAUCUAGUGGAGGGGAUCUACUCGACAAAACACCUACUCAAAUUAGGGCCUUGAUUACCUCCAUAGCUGAAGACACCAAACACUCAGCACAAGAUGAAGAGUGGUACACCGAUGUCCCACGCGCAGUCAAGGAAGUGAGGACUCCUCACAUUGAAACUCAACUCGCUGAGCUGACAAAAGCGGUCAUGCAACUCACCAAGGAUAAGAGUGCUGAGCCACAAGCCCGAGCUUGUGGAAUUUGUCUACAAUUUGGACACCCCACUGAUAUGUGUCCCACACUGCAAGAUGAUGUUGAACAAGCACAAGCACUUGGAGGUUACCCGGGGCAAAAUUCAAGACAAUAUGAACAAUAUCAAGGCAAUCAGAAUUGGGGACCUCCUAACAUGAGUUAUCAGCAAAGGCCCCCACAGUAUCAGCAACACCCGCCCUUCCAAGGUAAUCAACAUCAACAAAACUUUCAACCUCGACAACAGCAACCCGCCCAACAACAAGCGGGUAGCUCGGGAAUGUCUUUGGAAGAUAUUGUGAAAAGUUUGGCUACUAGCACCCAUACGUUUCAACAAGAGACUAAAGCUAGCAUCAAGAACUUAGAACAACAAAUGGCUCAACUUGCUAGCUCGGUGAGUAAACUAGAGUCUCAAGGUAAAUUACCCGCACAAACUGAGAAUAACCCAAAGCACAACGUGAGUGCCAUUACCUUAAGGAGUGGAAAGAGCUAUGACGGUACGAGUAUGCAAGAAGAAGAGGAAAUUGUUGUUGAGAAGAAGGACCAACAUAAGGAAAAAGUACAAGAACCGGUUCGAAGUGAAUUGAAAUUUACUCCUGUAGCUCCAUUUCCAUCAAGGCUACGAAGCACAAAGAAGGAAAGGGAAGAACAAGAGAUCAUGGAGACAUUCCGUAAGGUUGAGGUAAAUAUUCCACUUCUUGAUGCCAUUAAACAAGUCCCACGGUAUGCGAAGUUCCUCAAAGAACUUUGUACAUCAAAGAAGAAGCUUAAAGGUAAUGAAACCGUCAAGGACCGUUAA